CCGAGGUGUCCAUGCUAGUCUGACAGUUGUAGAUCCGUGACCGCUAGGAUAGAAAUGUGUCGUUCGUGAUUUUCAAGCCUCGGUGCCUCCGUAAAUUUAGCACCGCAUUAGUACAAAGGGUUCGGGGACAUCUCAUCUAAAGCCAUGGCUCGAGUUGUGAAAAUGUUUCGGACGGUGCGCAAUCACUGGAAGAAAUCCACAUUCGCUGUCUGCGUCCUGUCUUACGGAGGCUACUGGCUGUAUGGUAAACACUGUGAUAGUGUUCUGCGGACAGAGGCUUGUCUAGUGGCCAGGGAAUUUGGGCGUCAACAGAUCGCACCAGGGGAGCAGCUGAGGAAAGCAACAGUGAUCUUGAACCCUGCAGCUUGUGGAGGGAAAGCCAACAACCUGUUUGAAAAGAAUGCUGCUCCCAUUUUACAUCUGGCUGGUGUGGAGAUAACAAUAGUAAAGACAGAUUAUGAAGGCCAGGCAAAAAAACUGAUGGAGUUUAUGGAAAAGACAGACAUGCUGAUCGUGGCCGGAGGGGAUGGCACCUUGCAGGAAGUCGUCACAGGCUUGCUGCGAAGGCCAGAUCAAGAAACACUCAGCAACACACCGAUUGGAUUCAUUCCACUGGGCUCCCACAAUUCCCUGAGUCCAAGUCUUCACCUGCUCAGUGACAACAAGGUCAAAGACAUCACAUCGGCGACACUAUCCAUUCUAAAGGGAGAAACUGUUCCUCUGGAUGUGCUACAAAUCAAAGGCGAGCAAGAGCAGCCGGUCUUCGCUCUGAUGGGACUUCGUUGGGGUGCAUUUAGAGAUGUGGCCGCAACAAUUAGCAAAUAUUGGUACCUUGGACCACUAAAGACAAAAGCAGCACAUUGGUUUAGCACUCUUCAGGAGUGGCCCCUUGUCAAAGAAGUCUCUGUUUCCUACUUGGCUCCAAGUCUUCGGCUCCCUGACCUGCCCCCUCAGAAGCCCACCAGACCCAGCCUGCUCUACCGCAUUGCCCGCAGAUGGAGAAACUACUGGAACCCUCCUGUUGAAGCGCCUCCAAAAGUGGAAGAGCCAGAGGUGUGGACGGAGCAGAAGCUGUCGACGCUGGAGCUUUUUAUUCAGACGCACAACAAAAACCCAGUGGAAACGCGGAUAAAUGACUCCAUGAUGAUCUGUGCAGAACCAGACGACUUCACAGUGGGCGAGUUCAUCACUGUUGGAAAUAAAAAAGCGGAGGACCCCACUUUAUUCACCAAAACGUCCACAAAACUGGAGGCCAGUGCUUGUCGGCUGCAGCUGCCAGAGGGUGCCACUGGCUUCUACAACAUCGAUAACGAGGAGUAUGAGGCGAUGCCUGUGGAGAUAAGGCUGUUGCCACGGAAACUACGCUUCUUCAUCAGUGCAGAGCGCAGGGAGGAGCUCCUUUUGCAGAUGCAGUGAAGGGGGGAAAAAAAGAUGAACUAUAAAGAAGACAAGAACAGUGAGACACAAACUGAAAUCAAGAAAAACACAAAAGCAAAGAUCAAGAUGCCAUGAAACUCUGAAAACACGUUUGGCUUCAGAGCCAUUUGAAAUUGUCCUUUGUAACAUUUAAACAUUACUCUAACUCAUAGGAGGAGGAUUUUUUUUACCUGUCGCUGUAUGUAAAAGGACCAAGGCUCUGUAUUUCUUUAAGCCAGUAACCAAUGUCUAGGUUGUCUUACCCAUGGACUCUAUGUUUACUAAAUGGUUUACUUUUUCCAUCACAAUUGAACUUGGUCAAUAAAAUAAUGUCUGUCAAUGUCCACACAA